CAGUGACGGCGGCGGCGGCGGCGUUGGCGGGCGCACGAUUGAGACGGCGAAGGAGCGUUGGGUCCGGGGCGCUCACUCAUGAGGAGCCGGAAGCUCACAGGUGGAGUGCGAUCCUCAGCGCGCCUUCAGGCCCGAAGCUACACUCCAGCCAGCUCAGCCUCUACCGAGGGCAUUGCCAGCUCCACAUCUGUCAAGACAGCAUGUCUGGCUUCUUCAUCACAUAAGACUACAGACAGACGUACUUCCAAAAAGUUCAAGUAUGACAAAGGUCACCUUGUAAAGGCAGAACUACAGAAAGCUGACCGUAAAAGUGACAUUUCUUCUUUGCCAAAAGUGGCCCCCGAGGCCUCUUGUGACAGUGAGUUUGCCGAGGCCAGCGCUAAGACGGCUGUCCCUGUGCCGGAGAGUAGAGAGCCUCCCCAGGGCUGCUGCCAGCCUGUGAGUGAGGAACCCUCAGCAAAGACUGAAGGUGGCCUACCCACACCAGAACCCGGCAGGGUGGCUGCAGCCCAGGAACCUGAUGGCAGUUCUGCCAGACAGGCCGAGCCAGUGCCCAGGACAGAGGAGGUGCAGACACCUGUGCUCCAGAUGGAGAGCAGCGUCUUUCUAGAUGAUGACAGCAACCAGCCCAUGCCUGUGAGUCGCUUCUUCGGGAAUGUUGAGCUUAUGCAGGUAAGUGCUGCCCUCCUGUCUCUCCUGCAGUGCGGGCAGCAAACUGCAGUUGCCAUCCUGGGCUCCCAGGUUCCUGUGUAUCCAUAAGGCCACAAUUCAGAGGAUCUGCCACCAGCCUCUUCAUCUUGUCCUUCCAUGAGCAGACGAGAGUUCAGAAAAAUGCAUUUCAGAGCCAAAGAGGAUGAGGAUGAGGAUGACGCCG